AUGUUGAAUCCUACUUUUAUCCUAUGGGAUUUGAUGUAUCCCUUAUAUGCCUAUGGCUCCAUCUUUAUUAUCGUACUAAUUAUCUGGCAAGUGAAAAGUAGUUAUCAUGGAUUAAGGUUAGAAACUAGAAGGAGCUGCUGUCAGCGUCACCGAAAACUCAGACAAAGGGCUAGAGAUGCAGCAUCAAGAGCCGGAAAACAUUCCUGCAAAGAAGAUGAGAAGCCAUGGGAGCUGCUCUCUGUCAUGAAAAGCCACAGCUGGCUUCCUCAGGCGGGAAGUGUGCGGAGCCUCCUCUGUGCCGAUACCAACUGCCAAAUCUGCAAUGCCGUGGCCCUGGAGAUCCAGCGGUUGCUUGUGGGUGAGAACAGCCCGGUCUCUGCCACUUCACCAGGACCAUCAGAGGGCUCUUCUUGCCUAGAGAUGUUGUCCAAGUCCAAUUUGUCUCUUGAGCAGAGUCUAGAGCAUCAUUCCAUGCACCCAAAGGAGCUUUCAUUUCCUUCUGCAGCCCCUUCAGUGUCACCAUUUAUGGAUCAGAAAUCCUUAACCUUGUCAGCGGCACAGCCAGUUAGUUCAGAUAGCAUCAAAGAUUGUGAGGCUGAACACUCCCAGCCAGAGCAGGCAUCUCAGGUGCAAGAAAUUCCAGUGGAUUCAGAGACUAUAGUUUCUUCAAGGUUUGAGGAGCCUAGGAAUACAGUGAACCAGCAGAAUAUAAUGAAGAGCAACUGCAACUUUGUAUAUGGGAACCAAGGUCACCUGUCCUUGCAUUCCCAGGUCCCUCUGUUGAUCCUGAACCAAGAAAUCACCAGCCUGACACAUCCUAUGGCCUUGCCUGUGGUCACUGUCCUCCCUUCCUACCUGCCAUUCUCCAGCCCCGAAGUCCUGAGGCUCCUUGAGGUGCAUGUAAAAAAAUGGAUGCAUUUCCAGAGGUGGGGGCUGCCCAGACGUGUGGAGGAGUCCCUGAGGCAGCGAAUGCCAAACCUGCCAUUGUUUUACCAACCUCUAAACAGCCAGCCAGUUUCUUUCAUACAAAAUGAAUUAUCUGUAGAGACUUUUGUGCCCAUUUCUUAUCAGACCUGGGGUCCAUGUACGGCUGGCCAGUCUACCCAGGCAUUCUGGGUUUCUGAAUGGUCCAUGAUAAACCCAAUACAAAGACACCACUACCAGCAAAACCCAAACCACAAGGCUCUAGCCUUGCCCUCUCCAAUAUUUAAAGACUCAAGUGGCCUCUACUUACUUCCUGGGCAACAGGCUAAUGACUCAGUGAGCCACUCACAGCAGAAAUACAUCCAGCUAUUCUGCGGCUUACCUUCUCUGCACAGCGAGUCUCUGGCUGACACCUCCUUGGGCUCUCAAGAUCACUCCGCACAUGGGAGCAUGUCCAAGCUCUCUGUGGAGGAUCCUUUACUCUUCAAGGAGCUCUCCUUCCUCCCUCUGCUGCCUAAAACUCCACCUCACUCAGCCCCACCCUCUUCCCCAAGUUGCCCAAAUUGGGUCAUGCCAUCUGGCCAUCAACAAGCUCAGAUCCGUGUCCCGCUUCUGACUCUGGCUGAGUGUGAAGCCUUAGAGUGUCACCUGCUGCAGAGGCAGCUCCAGCGUCAGGGGGGCCUGCCAGCUGUUCUCCAGCGAGCUCAGCACACCCAGAACCCCGUGCACUAUAAGCCUUGUGGUAGAGCCCAGUCUCCUCGGACUGUGAAAACUGCCUGGCCGCCCACUUCUGUCCUCACAAGGGAGCUGUCCUGGUCAGAGCAUGCCCGGAGGCUGCUGGACUUCCACCUCCAGAGGCAGCUGAUUCACCAUCGCUGGGGCCUGCCCCCGAUGAUCCAGCAGUCCUUCCAGUUGCUCCUGGCCCCCACUCACCAGCAGACUCCACCCUGGAGCAGCACAGCCCUAGCCAAGGGGAGUGUUUCCCAACAUUCAGCCCUAGAGGCUCCUGGAGCUGAUGACCCUUUCUCACCCUCUAAGGACCCAGUGUCAGCCCUCAUGCCACACUUAUUUGACGAGGUCAAGGCAAUACUGCAGGGCCACAUCAACUCCAAAUGUGGGCAGAUCCAUGAGGGCAAGGUCCCUGCCCACGUGUAUAGGUCUGGUGAGGGCCUAAUUCCUGGGGGCAUCCCAGAAAGCAAGCUCCUAGAACUACAGGCAGCAACCCACCCUGACCUACAACAGAAAGCUAGGCCCUGGAUGCCAACAGGCCUUGAUCAGCAGCAACAGAUCUCCCCAGAUGCAGUCACUGAGCCUCGUAAGCUACCUCAAGCCCUGUCCAAGGAAGUCCUUGAGAAACUGGAGAUGAUUUUCCGGCACAAGUAUCUGGCCUUCUUGUCAGGGCUGAAUCCUCUUUAUUACGUGGCCCAAUCUGCCCAUGGGCCCUCCAAGGUGACCCAACCCUGUAGAGACAUGGCACAGGGCCCAGUGCUUGAUGUGCCGCUGGAGGCCAGUGUGGACCAGCCUGGCCUGGAGGAGUCCCAGAUCCCUGAGUCCCAAAGCCCUGGCAAGAGCAAGUCCUCAGCCCCAGUCCCCAUGCUGACUGAAAAGCAAGAAAACCCAAGGAAACCCAAAUCACCAGGAAAACGUGGAGAAGGAGAUGCAUGGUUUGUGCUCUCCUCUACAAGAAAAAAAGGCUUCCCUGCUGGAGCCCAGAGGUCAAAAGGGAUGCUUCUGAACAGGAUAUCCCAAAGACCUUGGCUACAGAGACAUGGCUUUCACCUUGAUGCUCUCUGUCAGCACAGUUCCCAGCAUCGCCCUCCGCUUAAGCCCCCAGACCUCCUUCCAGGAGUCCCUGGUAGGAAGGAAUCCAAGAAAAAUGACCUGCAAGGCAGUCGAACCAGGCUCAAUGUCAGCCUCCAGGGAGCGAGGAUUCCUAAGAAUGCCCAGCCUGUUGGGCCCCAGGCAUCACAGGCCCAGCCUGUCCUGGCCCGACUCGUUCAGCCUAAGUCAUUACAGGGCCAAACUUCGCAAGGUCAGGUAUUGCAGGGGCCGGUGAUGCCAGCCCAUACUGGCAAGAGGCCCAGCUCUCCGGAAUCAAAAUUGAGAUAUAAGAUGAAAUCCUUUCUGCAGUAUAUAAACCUCAAGGCAAAAGGCAAAGAGCCCAAGGAAUCCAUGUUUGUGGCAGCUGUGCAAGUGGCCCCCUCCAGCAAAGAACAUGGAGCAAAGAGGCUGGCUCCAGCCAAACGUCCCAUGAAGCAAACUAAGACAAAGAUGCAGAUAAGAGGGGACCCCAAAGCCCACACUCCCCUGACUGAGAAGCGCGUGGGCCUGGCCUCCUUGGCAGGCUCCCAUUCCCCACACAGUAAGCUCCUCUGCUCCUGCUCCCAUCAAUUCCCGUCUGCCUCAGGCUUAGGCCACCCCACCACUGCCUUUGGCACUUUCCUUGA